AUGACAGCAGAUGUUUUUGGACCUUUACAGAUCAUGAGUCAAGUUGAGGGACAACAGAAGAAUCUUGUACAAGCCAUUGAAGCUCUCCCAAGUUCUGGGCCCCUUUCUGCCUUGGAUCAGGACUUGCUGCUUUUAAAAGCUACCUCUGCUGCCACCCUGAGCUGCCUUGGAGAAUGCCUGACUCUAUUACAGCAAAGCAUGCAUCAAGUGGGCCAGCAUCAUAACAGGACACUGUCAUCAGAAGGUAUCCUGGGAUGGCCUGGGCCCAAGUCGCACUCCACAGAGCAACUGAAAAAUGGUGCCCUCAGCUCCUUAUCGUCUGCUAGUGCCAACAUUACAUGGGCAAUAGUACCAUCUGCAGCCCAGGAUGGACAGGCACUACAACCAAAUACAGAGCAUUCAGCUUCUGAGUUGGUCCUAGUUGAAGAUGAAAUGACAGAUACUGAAGAUAAUGAAGAGGAGGAUUUAGGAGUCAUGGAUGAUCAACGUAGUGUAAUUCUCCAUCUCAUCUCUCAGCUCAAACUUGGCAUGGACCUUACCAGGGUAGUGCUUCCAACAUUUAUUUUGGAGAAAAGAUCCCUGCUGGAGAUGUAUGCAAAUUUCAUGGCCCAUCCAGACCUGUUUUUGUCAAUUGCAGCUGGAGCCACUCCCGAGGAAAGAAUUAUCUGCUUUGUGGAGUAUUAUCUAACAGCUUUUCACGAAGGCCGAAAGGGAGCGGUUGCCAAGAAGCCCUAUAACCCUAUAAUUGGUGAAACGUUUCAUUGCUCGUGGGAUGUGCCUAAAGAUAAAGUGAAAGCAUUCAGAACUAAUGGUACCUCCACGGUUUCUAAGGACCCAACCAAGGAGUUUGGCCAGGACCAGUCCACGUGCUACAAGCUGAGGUUUGUAGCUGAACAAGUAUCCCACCAUCCACCGGUAUCUUGCUUUUACUGUGAGUGCAAAGAGAAGAAAAUGUGUGUGAACGCUCACGUAUGGACCAAAAGCAAGUUUAUGGGCAUGUCAAUAGGUGUUUCUAUGGUAGGUGAAGGUGUUCUUUACUUGAUGGAACAUGAAGAAGAGUAUGUUUUCACGCUGCCUAGUGCCUAUGCUCGCUCAAUACUUACCAUCCCAUGGGUGGAGCUUGGAGGGAAAGUCAACAUCAAUUGUGCUAGAACGGGCUAUUCUGCUACGGUCACGUUCCACACCAAGCCGUUCUAUGGAGGAAAAGUCCACAGGGUUACAGCCGAAGUGAAACAUAAUCCCACUAACACCAUUGUAUGCAAGGCACAGGGAGAAUGGAACGGUACACUGGAAUUUACUUACAGCAACGGAGAAACCAAAGUGAUUGACACUAACAAACUGCCUGUUAUCAGGAAAAAGAUUAGGCCGAUAGCAAAGCAAGGCCCGCUGGAAUCAAGGCACCUGUGGCAACACGUCACCAGUUCUCUGAAGGAAGGGAAUAUUGAUGCAGCAACAGAACACAAGCACCGCCUUGAAGAGAGGCAGCGCGCAGAGGAGAGGCAACGUGUGGCUCUUACAACACCGUGGAAACCAAAAUAUUUUGCCAAAGAGGGCGAUGGUUGGCUAUACUUGAAUCCUCUCUGGAAGACCCAUUGACGGGAAGAGCAGUUGCCUCGUAACUUUACCUUAAAGGCAUUAAAAUGAUAUAGUAUAUAACUU